AUGAAAAGAAAUAUAAAUGAAGGAUGUGAUGGAUGCGUGAAAAAUAUAAGAAGUUCUUCUGCAACAUCAUCAGAAGAAAUAUUAGACAACACUAAAUUAAACAUCGUUUUGACAAACAAGGGGCUUCAAAUAUAUGGUACAUGGAGCAAAACGAAAUUAUUGAAUCUGCUUACACAUAAACUCAAGCAAUGCGUUCACAGUCAGUUGAAAUCACAGCAUCUCAACACCAAGACUAUAAACGAGAAACGAUUAUGGAUUACCAUCCACAGCGGAUUAUAUAGCAUAAGUGUUUUAAGAACACUGCAAGAGAAAAGCAUGUCCAUACACACCAUUAUAAAAGCAAUGAAGCUUGGCCUUAUUAGUCUUAAUCCAUGUGAGCUUUCUUAUUUCAAGUGUUUCAAUGUUGAUCCGUACAUAUUGGAACUGAAAGAUAUGUGGACAAGCAAAUUUAACAAUGUAUUAAUAUCGAAUUUAAGAGCUAUCGGGUUAAGUGAACCGGAUAGUUGGCGUAUCAUUGUAUAUGGGGUGGGACUUCAAAGUUCAUGUAUACUUUGUUACUUAUUAUUGAGUGGUAUUGAUAUCCCUGGAAUUGUAAAUUGGCAAUCGCCUACUAAUCAUGCAUCGCAUAAGAUACUUAAGUUUUUGGAGCAUAUUGGAAUAGAAGAGGAUGUAAUACAAUUAGUGGAGAAGUAUGGAAUUGACGAGGAGACUGAACAAAUGUUGAUUGACAUAGGACUCGAUCAAAUUGAAGAAAUAUACUCGCAUGUGGGGGCCUAA